AUGAUCCAGAAAUUGGUUGUAUUAUUUUUCACGAUGAUUAUCGUUGAUUUCACUCAGUGUAGUGUGGAUGAAAGUGUGGAUGAGAGCGAUGUCUCGAAACGAUCUCGAAAUCCGUAUUCAUGGAUGAACAAUUUGAAAAGGACUGAUGCUCUGUAUCAGUGGCUACCAAAUUCAGAAAAUAGCAACUUCAAUGAAAUCGAGGCGGAAACUUCCGAUAAACGUGCUAUUAAAAAUCCGUAUUCGUGGCAGAACUACAAGGUUGUUAAUUUUGGCUUUUUAGCNCCGCGGGAGCCGUACUGGUGGAUGGGCUACGGUGAGAAGCGAGCACCGCUGAAUCCGUACUCGUGGAUGUACACUCUCCAGAAACGUUCAGCAUUCGGACGUGCACGCAAUCCAUAUUCGUGGCUGAACACAUCUCGGUGA